AUGGAAAUGUCAGACACAGUCAAACCUGUGACCUCCUUCCUCAUUGAGGACAUCCUCUCCAUUAAGGACAGCACAAGAUUUAAUGGCAAACGCUGUUCACAGAAGAUUGACAGAUGUUCACAAUGGAAAGAAGAAUCUGAAAUGUUGUCAGAGCCACUCUGCCCUCAGGAGACAGCGUUUGGAGUGCAGACAGAGUCUCUGGACACUUCCUUUCCCAGUACCUCGGAGUCCAGCACUUUUUCCUCCACAGGGAAACAGAAGCGCUCCAGAGCUGCUUUUACACACCUCCAAGUGCUUGAAUUGGAAAAGAAGUUUAACCAUCAGAAAUACCUGUCCGCUCCAGAGAGGGCUCACCUGGCCAGCACCUUAAGACUCACUGAGACCCAAGUGAAAAUCUGGUUUCAGAACCGGAGGUACAAGACGAAACGAAAGCAGCAAACAUCAGAGUUCUGUAAGGACUUGUACAAAGCAGAGGGACUGGGCCUGAGAAACGAUUUGGUCCGAUCAUCACUAAUCACCUCCUUCUGCAAAGCUUACCAAUACAGACCCUACCUGUGGGACUACGGUGGCCCCUGGGGGCCAACGAUAUGGUGA